AUGGUCCGCGACUUCCCACGGGAACCAUUCCCCCGGCAAUGGCACCCAGAGAGGUAUCCUGCUGACCCUCCGCCACCUGAGGAUGGCCGUUAUCAUGAAGCUCAUGAUACCCGGAGGCCACCGAUUGACAUCGGAAAGGCAUUGAGGGAUCAUUGCAACAUUCCAGCCAGACAUUACUUUGUUGCGGCGAUUCUAGAUGACGGCAGUGCACAAAUGUUUGGAAACACGCUUUCUGGACCAGGAGGAAGGCAGCAGCCCAAUGCUUUCAGCAAAUUCUUCAACAUGAAGACAUUUGUUCGGCAUGUCAGAGGCGCAGAUGCUGUCCCAAGCCCUCUUCAUGACGACUCCGAAUUCAGUUUCGACGGCGAUGGCUACCAUCAAGCAUUUGGUAGUGGCUACGGACACCGAUCACAGGACCGCCGCCGACAAGUCGCAAACAUGUUCGACGAAGAGAGCAAUUAUAAGGCUCGCAAGAGGCAUCGAGGCGGUCUAGGAGGAUCGUAUCGAAGACAGGUGGAUGAUGACGAUGACGUGAUUGUGUCUGUGGCGAAUACCAAGAAGGGCCUCAGAGUUGGCAAUGAUCAGGAAGUGUGGGAUUUUUACGAACAACGGUUCAAGAACUGCCAACAAACGGCCUGCAAACUCAUCGCCAAAGCUUGGGUUAAAGUUGUCGAGCCGAAGAAACAAACCAAUCACCCUUACACAGGCCAGGAUGAAAAGGCACCAGAUUGGUGGCCUAAGCCGUGGGGCCCUACGAAGGAAGAGAAAGUUCGCCACAAGGAACCUGACCAUCUCUACAAGAGAGAGAGAGUGCAUCUCCUAUGCCAUAUCCUGCGCAUGAUUGUGGAGCCCCCUGAGAAGCAGCAUCCGGCCAUUCUGAAGAUGAACCUGAAUGUACAGAAGCUGGAGGAUGCCACAACAGAAGCGAUGUCGGCGUUCUUUUCUGACAAGGAGAACAAGGCAAAUGCCAAGAAAAAGCCAUAUUUGGAUGAGAUCUUCAAAGUUGCCAAGGGCGAAGAAAGAUACAAGAGGGGCGAGAUCGAUGGUGAUGCAACUAUCAUGGUCAUGUCAGAAGACAAAUUUCCCGAGAGCUAUCCCUCCGAUAACGAAGACAAUGGUUUCGUGAAAGAAGAGGAUGAUCACCACCCUUCCAUCACGUCAAGUGCAUCGCCGUCAAAGACGGGGCCACCACACGACCUCUUGCACACUUCAAGCAGCGAUCACAGUCCAACCGGAACUCUGCAAAGCGGCGCGUACAUGAACGAAAUGCCGUUACGUAACCAGCAGUAUUCGGCCCAAAUGAUGCCUUCAAGCAUUCACACCGAGCAUCACUUUGUAGAGGGCAACAAUAUUCAUCCGCCAUCAGGUAUGCCGCUCCAAGACUUGGUACCGCCAUCUCACGACCCGCAUCGCCGUCCAUCGAUCUAUGCAUCUGCAACAGAAUAUCCAAACGCCGCCUCUGGGAUGUACACCCAGCCUUGGCAAGGAGGUUCGACUGCUCCAAACGGGGCCUCUGUCUAUUCCUUCACACCACAACAGUCCGGCCCCGCACAAGGGCAUUUUGGUAACCCUAGUGUACCGUUGGCCCAAAACCAGUACAUACCUACGCCUUACGAUAAUAUUUCGCGAGGUGGAUUCGAUCAAGGAAGCAUGUUUAGGCCUGUAGGCGCCACCCAGACGCCCGUUCAAAAUGCUCAAGGGUUCUCAGGCUAUCUUCCCACCGACACCCGAGGCUUGCCUGGUUCAGGCGGAAAACCAGAUGCACUCGCCCGGGGUCAGAUUCACUGA